UCCAGAAUAAAACAUGAAGAUACUGAGCAACAAAUAGAGAAAGUGGAAGUGAGACACAAACUAAAUGAAGUAAAGAAACACUGUGACUUCAAAACUCAAGGAACAAAAGUCAAAAAGCGGCACUCCUGCUCACAGUGUGGAAAGAGUUUCAGACAAAAAAGAAACCUGAACACACACAUGAGAAUUCACACUGGAGAGAAACUAUUCAACUGUGAUCAGUGUGGUAAAGAUUUUAUUUCAUCAUCACAACUAAAAUCACACCUAACAGUUCAUUCAGAUGAGAAGCCUUAUGUGUGUUCUCUCUGUGGAAAGAGUUUUUCAUGGCUGGACAGUUUUAAACGGCACCAGAAAACACAUGAUAAAGUGAGAGAUCAUGUGUGUUGUGACUGUGGGAAGAGCUUCACUACAGCUUCUGGUCUGAAAAAGCACCAAAGAAUUCAUACUGGAGAAAAACCUUACAAGUGCUCAUACUGUGACAAGAGUUUCACUCGGUCUGGAAACCUGAAAUAUCACGAACGAUUUCACACCGGAGAGAAGCCGUACUACUGUACUCAGUGUGAGAAGAGUUUCAGAGAUUCAACAAGUUUGACAUAUCAUCUGCGCAUUCAUUCUGGAGAAAAAACAUAUAACUGUGAUCAGUGUGGUAAAGAUUUUAUUUCAUCAUCAAAUCUAACGAGACACCUGAAAGUUCAUUCAGAUGAGAAGCCUUAUGUGUGUUCUCUCUGUGGAAAGAGUUUUUCAUGGCUGAACAAUUUUAAACGGCACCAGAAAACACAUGAUGAAGUGAAAGAUCAUGUGUGCUGUGACUGUGGGAAGAGAUUUACUACAUCUGCCUGUCUGAAACAGCACCAAAGAAUUCAUACUGGAGAAAAACCUUACAAGUGCUCAUACUGUGACAAGAGUUUCAAUCAGUCUGGAUCUCUGAAAUAUCAUGAGCGAGUUCAUACUGGAGAGAAGCCAUUCGACUGUAUUCAAUGUGGGAAGAGUUUCAGAAGUUCAUCAAACCUUUAUACUCAUGUGACAAAAUGUUGCUCGUGAGAAAUUAGUUUUCAUGUCAAAUGCAUUCAUGUAAAUUUUCUGAGAUAAAAUAUGGAGUUUAUACUGAAAGCAGAGUGUUGUGUCGUACUAUUAUCUCAUUGUAAUAUUCUGACCAAUCAGUGUUCUGCAGUGUUUACUCGUCACAUUCUAGUAUCGGUACGGAUCGCUUGGAACCUUUUUCUGAUGAUAAAUAUGAGAAAUGAAACAGAAACAUCUUGCCUUGAGUAAUCUGUUUAAUGAACACAGAGAAUGAGUUAUAUAGUUUUAAUCACAUUAAUGAGUUUAAACAUUAAUCUUAAUACUGUGAUAAGAAUGUGUGCACUGUAAAAUAAUAUUUUCAAGAUUUGUUAUCACAACAUAUUU